AUGGGAGCCAGCCCCCUUGGCUCCCCCGCCUGCGGCAGCCUGGACGCCGCAUCGCUGACCAAGCUGGCCUACCGGUACCGCCGCAUAGCCAAGCUGUGCAGCUUCGGCCUGCAGGCGCUGGGCACCGCAGCGGAGCGCAGCGAGUGGGAGGCAUUGUAUGGCGAGACCGAUGCGCUGACGGGCGGCUGGCUCAGCCACGCCUGCGCGCUGCUGGGCGACUGCACAAGCCAGCUGGCAGGGGCUGCCGAGCAGGAAGGGCGGGAGGUGACGCACGUGGCUGUCACCUCUGGCCAGCUGGUCCCCUCGCUGGCCAAGCUGCUGCUGUUCAAGCUGGGAGCGCACAUCGCCAGCGAGCACGUGUGGAGCUCGCGGCACUGCGGCAAGGCGGCCUGCUUCGAGCUCGUGCGCCAGCGCUUUGGCGCCGCAUGCAGCUACGUGGCCAUAGGUGGGCCGCUGUGCCGCUGGCUGGUUUGA